AUGACGACGCAGAGUGGUGUUAUCGACAUAUCCGUUUUCGGAUUACAAAAAAAAACUAACCAAGUCUUUUGUUUCCCUUGCAGUUGCAUAGCUGACGGAGACGAGGACCACCACGCCCAUGUCAUGCGUCGGCGAUCUUUCAAUCAUGUUAAUAACAUCCGGGUCCUGACAAGCACAGUCGAACUCUCCGAUGGAAAUCGCAAAUUCUUGAAAGCCGCCGAGUAUGGCGAUUUGCCAUCAUUGCGAUCCCUCUUAGAGGGCGAUGACUCUUCUGACGUUAAUAUCAAUUGCAGCGAUUACAAAGACAGGACAGCGAUCGAAAUUGCGGCUAGCAACGAACACCUGGAAGUGGUUCUCUAUUUAUUGUCCUAUCCUACUCUAGAAAUCCGAAACAUUCACGAAGCCUUGAUGGUUGCCAUAAGCAAAGGGUACAUCCGAAUAACGGAGGCCAUUUUAGGCCAUCCAAUGUUCAAAAAAAGCAAGGAUAAAGUACGACUAGGCAGUAUGUCGAAUUACUUCCAACCGGAAGUUCACAGCUCUAAAUUCGAUAAUGACGUCACGCCAAUAAUGCUCGCUGCCCAUUUCAAUGAAAUCGACAUUAUUCAAUUGUUUUUGCAGCGAGGGGAUCGGAUACCGAAACCCCAUCAUAGUCUAUGUCAUUGUACUAGCUGCACUAAUAAACGACUAUUUGAUCCCUUGAAAUACUCACGUUCACGGAUUAACGCUUAUAGGGGAUUAUCUUCAUCGGCUUAUAUCUCGCUAACAAGUCCGGACCCCAUACUCACUGCUUUCCAACUCAGCAAGGACCUUAUCGAACUUUCAGAUAUAGAGAAAGAGUUUAAGAACGAAUACAAGACAUUGGCGAAUAUGUGCAUAGACUACUCAACAGACCUUAUCGGUAUGUGCCAAAGUACUACAGAGGUGGAAUCAAUUUUAAAUCAAAACGAAAGCAUGGACUACCAGUCCGACAUGUCUAAUAAUAACGACCAGGGGUUGGUCAGACUCAAACUAGCAAUCGACUACAAUCAGAAAAAGUUUGUGGCACAUCCUCACUGUCAACAUCAGUUAUCAACGAUGUGGUACUCGGGUAUACCGAACUGGAGGCAACGAAGUCCUUUCACCAAAACACUUAUCAUAUUUACCCUUUUUCUAUUCUGGCCAAUUAUGGGGGUUAUCUAUUGGGUGGCACCCAAAAGCAAGAUUGGAGAAAUUAUCGCGAGUCCUAUGGUGAAGUUUUUUACUCAGGCAUCUUCCCAUAUUAUGUUCCUGAUCCUAUUAUUCCUACAGUCGUUACUAACACAAUAUUAUCAUCUGGAGCCUGAUUUGGAAUGGUUAUUCGGCGGUAAAGUUCGACAAAACGCAAUGACAGCACUGGAGAUUAUAUUACUGCUGUGGAUUGUGGGUAUACUCUGGGGUGAGAUGAAACAGAUAUGGGAAGAAGGAUUCUGUCAAUAUUUUUCGAGUUUCUGGAAUUUACUUGAUGUGGGAAUGUUGAAUCUGUACAUAGCGUCAUUCGCCGUUCGUAACAUUUCAUACGGCAAAACAAGCGAAGCUAUUGACUAUUUCAAAAACAUAGGUUCCGUGGAAGACGUGCCAUGGAAUACUUCAACCGCCAGGCGUCAUUUAUACUAUUACAAUCACGAACGUAUAUACUGGUACACAUGGGACCCAAUACUUCUAUCAGAAAGUCUCUUCGCCUUAGCCAAUGUACUAAGUUUUACCAGGAUGGCGUACGUCCUUCCUGCCAGCGAAUUGCUUGGUCCACUCCAGAUAUCACUGGGCAGAAUGGUGUACGACAUAGUCCGUUUUUUAGUUCUCUUCGUUGUGGUAUUUUUAGCCUUUUUCUGUGCACUGUACAAUCUCUACUGGGCGUAUGCCAACAUUCCCAGUAGUAACCAGGAUAAGUUUGAUACCUUCGGUAGCGCUGUGAUGACACUAUUUUGGGCGCUAUUUGGCAUGGCAUCCAGGUACGACCCGGUCAUCGAUGAAUCAUUGGAUCAUGAUUUAACCGAGUUUAUUGGUACUUUGCUGUUCGCUAUUUACAACGCCAUCAUGGUUAUCGUAUUGCUUAACAUGCUCAUUGCUAUGAUGAGUAAUUCAUAUCAAGAAAUAGAGAAUGACGAGGAUGUGGUAUGGAAGUUUGCACGUGCCAAAUUAUGGAUAUCUUUCUUCGGGAGGGGGAGUACUCUGCCUAUUCCCCUCAAUACAAUACCAAGUCCCAAAUCGAUCUAUUAUGCAUUUUGCUAUUGCACAAAGUUUCUAUGCAAACAGAAAGAAGAGAAAGAAUUUCAGCAUGUCAAUCUGUCGGACAGGUAUAACUUCCAGGCAAUUAUGCGAAGAUUGGUCAAGAGAUAUAUAUUCAAACUUCAACGGGAUAAAGAGAAUGAUGACAUCAGCGAAGGGGAGCUCGAAGAACUCAAGCAAGACAUUUCAAGCCUUCGAUUCGAACUCAUGGAGGUACUAACACAUAAUCGUCGGUCCAACAAGAAUAUUACAGAGUUAGGAAAUCACGUCGACGAUUCGGACACAUCAAGAGAACUUGUUGACUUGCGACGGCAGAUUGAAGCGCUGCGAAGAGAACUGUCAUUCGCACUGAGGGUGUCUCAUGGCGACGUGCAUAUGGUUUAA